AUGGAACACACUUUUGACGGUGUUGAACGGACGUUUCCGAAGAAGAGGAGUGGUGUGGGCAUGAUCGGGCCAAAUAGUUUUGAUCAAAAGAAGAAACGUUCGAUGGUGAAGACAUCCAGUAGGAUGAGUGCAUCGCAGUCGCGCUUAGUGAUGAAUGACGAUGAUGUAACUGAAUGGACAAAGAAGAAAAAAAAAGGCUCGAAAGCAAGACAACGCAAACGAUCCGCAAAGUUUGAGUCCAAAAUAGCGGCUAAAAAAGCAGCAUCCGAAGCUGCUUCAGCGGCCACAACCGAAGGCACGGUCAGUGAAGCUGGUGUUAGCGAUCAGUUGAAGUUGGAUCCACGAGAAGUUGACAGUGAUGCUGUUGACGAAGAAGAGGAAGGUGCUGAAGAGUCAACGGAUUCUGAUGAGUCUGAUGAAGGGAGUGAAAGUAUCGGCGGUAGUGAAUCGAACAGCAAGAUUAUCAGCGCCAACAUGAGGAUUCAGCAAGAUGCUGGUGCAGAAGAUCGCUCCGAAAACGAUAGUAGUGAUGAUUCAGAAGAAGAAGAAAGCGGUGAAGAGGAUGAAGAGCAAUCUGAACACAAUGAAGACAAUGAAGAAUAUGAGGAUGCGAUUGGAGAGAGUGGAGAUGCAUUCCGUAAGGAGAUAGCUGCGAUGCCGAUGGCUAAGGUGAAGCAGUUGAAAGAGAAACUUGGAUUGAAGCUAUUCAACAAAGCC